UGGCACAAGGUGUUGGGCCUGAGAGAAUUCAUUCGCGUUUAGAAGCGGCAAAUGGCAUGGAAUACAGUGCUUCUUCGAAAUGACAACAUUGGGGCGGGUCCACACGUUAACUUUCUAUAUCUUAUAAUGUAAUGUUUGGGUUGCUUCCUCGCAACUUCCUUCCUGUCCAACAAUACGAAAAUUAAUUAUUAUUGAGGUGAGCUUACUAAUAAUAGUAUGUAACGUUCUCUUCCACAUCUCAUCUCAUGAUCUGUGCGAACUAGAUUUAUGUAUACUGCAUAUUUAUUAUUUUUCUAAGCCAUAAAUUCUUCUCUGAUCUGUGAUUUCUCUUCCUUUUCUUUUGGCUGAUCACUGCUUAAGCAAACCAGCUAGCACUUGAAGAACAUCUUGAAUCCAGAUGGAAGGAGUCCCACCGUCUUGUAAUGAGGAUGAUGUCAACUUGACAUCGAAUCAGUUCGAUUUUCAAUCACCAGAAGAUUCAUUCAAUAUUUCUGAGUUUCUCUUGUCGCCACCGGAGGUUCCAGGCAACCAAAGCUUCAUGUUAUGCAAUGAUCAUGUUGGACAGAACAUGGUGGGGGAUAACAAUGUGAUCAACGAUAGUAUUCAACAAACAACUGAUCAGUUUCCACCUUCAUUUCCUCAAACCAUGAUGGAAGGAGUCCAACCGUCUUUUAAUGAGGAUGAUGUCAACUUGACAUCGAAUCAGUUCGAUUUUCAAUUACCAGAAGAUUCAUUCAAUAAAUCUGAGCUUCUCUUGCUGCCACUGGAGGUUCCAGUCAACCAAAGCUCCAUAUCAUGCAAUGAUCAAGGUGGACAGAACAAUGUGAUCAACGAUAGUAUUCAACAAACAACUCCGUUUCCAACUUCAUUUCCUGAAACAGUGAUGGAAGGGUUCCAACCGUCUUCUAUGGAUGAUAAUCUUCUCGAUCUUCAAUCACCACUUCUCCCGCCGCCACCGGAGGUUCCAGUCAACCAAGGCUCCAUAUCAUGCAAUGAUCAAGGUGGACAUAAGAAUGUGAUCAACGAUAGUAUUCAACAAACAACUCAAAUUCCAACUUCAUUUCCUGAAACCAUGACGGGACAUGGCUAUAUGACACCGAAUGCAACCACAUCACAACAUGGUGAAUUCAAUCAACCUGGACCUUCUUCUCUUGCUCCCUGGUAUCAGCCUAAUCCCAAUUUAUUUGAUCCUCAAUGUGCCAAUCCCAUGUUACCUGGACCGUCAUUGCCUUUGAGGGACCAACAAUGGACUGAUUAUCAUUUACCAAUGAACAAUCAAGUGCCUGCGAUGUUACCUGGACCUCAACCUCCAAUGAAUCAAUGGCAUCAGAACUCCUUUAUUCAUCAACCUCGGCCGGGACAUGGCUUUAUGACACCGAACGCAACCACUUCUCAACAUGGUGGCUUCAAUCAACCUGGACCUUCUUUUCCUGCUCCCCGGUCACAGAUGGAUAAACUCCAAGUCCGAGGAUUGCAAAAUCAAACUGCUAUGCCAAAUGCCUCUAAUCCUGGCCCUGACACUUACUUGCAAAGUCAAAAUAGCGGUUUAAAUACUCAACAAGUCGAAAUGGUUGGAUCAAAUGAUCCGUUUCGGAAUUCUGUUGAAGAAAGUGAUAAGGGUAGGAUGAAGUGUAAGUUUUGUCCACAUACAUACGACAUUAAAACUUCCAUUUCAAGGAUCAAAUGGCAUUUAUCAGGAGAGAAAGGGCACGGUGUUGCCAUUUGUCGUGGGGUGCCUAAAGAAGUUCAAGAAGCAGCCUGGAAAGCUAUGUGUGGUGGCAACAAAAGACAUAAAAUCACAGAAAGUUCAAUCAAUGUUAAUGAUUGUGGAAUUUCACAAGCAAUAGCAGGAAACGACGAGGUAAGCAUGACGGGAAUGAGAGCACAAGAAGAUAGAGUUUCCAAAGGGGCACUCGAGAGCAGACUGAGGACAGAACCAGCAGAUCGAGCGUUGGAACAAAGCAAUGCAGUACUUGGCAAUUUGGCAGGGGGUGCUGGAAGGAUACAAGCGGGAGUUCAGGGGGUGCUGGAACAAGGUGCCGGGGAAGAGAGAAUUAAUCGGGUUAGACAGAGGACAGAACCAGUGGAGGAGGAUGUGGAGAAUAGUCGAAGAUCAGUGCAGGUUGGUGCUGGAGCUAGAUCUUCUGAAAGUCUAAAAUACAACAAGACUAGAGGAGUUCCAUUACCUACUAGCUCUACAAAGCCAGUGGGUCAAGCAUUUGAAGAGAAUACGAAGGAGAUAUGGUCUUUGUUAAUGGAUGAUAAAGUCCCAACCAUUGGCAUUUAUGGGAUGGGAGGGGUUGGUAAAACGACAAUAUUCAAACAUAUCUAUAAUGAGCUUCUACAAAGACCAGAUAUUUGUGAUCAUGUUUGGUGGGUGACUGUGUCUCAAGAUUUUAGCAUUACUAGAUUGCAGAAUCUCAUUGCUAAAAGUCUUCAUCUAGACCUUUCAAGUGAAGAUGAUGAUCUGGAUAGAGCUGUUAAAUUGUCAGAAGAACUAAGUACGAAACAAAAAUGGAUUCUCAUUUUAGAUGAUUUGUGGAACAAUUUUGAACUUGAUGAAGUGGGAAUUCCUGUGCUGUUGAAAGGAUGCAAGCUGAUUAUGACAACUAGAUCAGAAACGGUUUGUCAUCGGAUGGCUUGCCGCCACAAAAUCAAAGUGAAGCUACUUUAUGAGGAAGAAGCUUGGAUUUUGUUCAUGGAGAAACUUGGACGUGAUGGAGCACUUUCACCAGAAGUAGAAGGAAUUGCGAAAGAUAUUGCUGGGGAAUGUGCUGGUUUGCCACUGGGAAUUAUUACAGUGGCAGGAAGCUUGAGGGGAGUGGAUGACCCACAUGAGUGGAGAAAUACAUUGAACAAAUUGAGAGAAUCAAAAUUUAGGGACAUAGAUGAGAAAGUAUUCAAGUUACUGUGGUUUAGUUAUGAUCGGUUAGGUGUUCCAGCACUGCGAAAAAGUCUCUUGUACUGUGCAUUAUUUCCUGAGGAUGAUGCUAUUGAAAGGGGGAUGUUGAUAGAUUAUUUGAUCGAUGAGGGAAUAAUUGAAGGAAAGAGGAGCAGGAUAGAUGCAUUUGAUGAGGGCCACACGAUGCUUAAUAGACUUGAAAAUGUCUGCCUAAUGGAAAGUGUAAAAAUAGGGUAUAAUGAUAGUAAAUGUGUCAAGAUGCAUGACUUGAUUAGGGACAUGGCCAUCCAAAUAGAAAACUCUAAAGUCAUGGUUAAAGCAGGUGCGCAAUUAAAAGAGAUACCAGAUGCAGAGGAGUGGACAGAGAAUCUCACAAGAGUCUCACUAAUGCGAAACCAGAUCGAAGAAAUUCCUUCCAGCCAUUCACCAAUGUGUCCAAAUUUGUCAUCUCUAAUUUUACGUGGGAAUAACGAGCUGCGAUUGAUUGCGGAUUCAUUUUUCAAGCAAUUGCAUGGGCUCAAGGUCCUCGAUCUGUCUUGCACAGGUAUUGAAAAUUUGCCAGACUCUGUCUCUGAUUUGGUGAGUCUCACUGCAUUAUUGCUCAUAGAUUGUGGGAGGUUACGUCAUGUUCCAUCAUUAAAGAAGCUCGGGGAACUGAGAAGGUUGGAUCUCUCUUGCACUGCACUUGAAAAGAUGCCUCAAGGAAUGGAAUGCCUAACCAACCUGAGGUAUCUUAGAAUGAAUGGAUGUGGUGAAAAGGAGUUUCCUAGUGGGAUAUUACCAAAACUCUCUCACCUGCAAGUCUUUGUACUAGAGGAAAUGUUAUCCGGUGACAGAUAUGCUCCGAUAACAGUUAAAGGAAAGGAAGUAGGAUCCUUGAGAAAUUUGGAAACUUUGGAAUGUCAUUUCGAAGGUUUCUCUGACUUCGUGGAGUUUCUCAGAUCUUGGCAUGGGAUUCAAUCAUUAAGCACAUAUACAAUUUUAGUAGGAAUGGUGGAUUUAAAUUAUUGGUUUGAUUAUUUUCCAUGUAAAACAGUUGGGUUGGGUAAUUUGGGUAAUUUGAGUAUCAACCGAGAUGGAGAUUUUCAGGUCAAGUUCUUAAAUGGCAUUCAAGGACUGGUUUGCGAAUGCAUCGAUGCAAGAAGUUUAUGUGAUGUUUUGUCAUUAGAGAAUGCAACUGAACUGGAGUUCAUCACCAUUUGGGAUUGCAAUAGCAUGGAGAGCUUGGUUUCAUCUUCUUGGUUCUGCUCUGCACCACCACGAUUGCCAUCAUAUAAUGGUAUGUUUUGUGGUCUUAGAGAGUUUAAUUGUAUUGGAUGUAGCAAUAUGAAGAAGUUGUUCCCACUUGUGUUGCUGCCAAACCUCGUAAACCUGGAAGUGAUUAGUGUUAGUGAAUGUGAGAAAAUGGAGGAGAUAAUAGGAACAACAGAUGAAGAAAGCAGCACCUCCAAUUCCAUCACGGAAGUCAUUCUCCCAAAGUUAAGAACUUGGGAAUUGUAUCGUUUACCAGAAUUGAAAAGCAUUUGCAGUGCAAAACUGAUUUGCAAUUCUCUUGAAGAUAUUAAGAUAAGGUAUUGUGAGAAGCUGAAGAGGAUGCCAAUUUGCCUUCCGUUGCUUGAAAAUGGUCAGCCAUCUCCUCCCCCUCCUCUUAGAAGAAUGAUUAUGGAACCACAAGAAUGGUGGGAGUCAGUAGUGGAGUGGGAGCACCCUAUUGCGAAGGAGGUCCUUCGUUCUUUGUAACCUUAAAUCUGUAAA